AUGACAGACUUUGCAUCUCAGGGCAGGAUUCAUAUCAACAAUAUGGUCAACUUGCAUGGGGCCAAAAAUCACCAGUCUGUAUAUACUGCUUUUUCUAGAGGAGUUAGCUUGCAAGGCGCUAUUAUACUACAAGGCUUUGAUGACAAGCAUUUGACUGGAGAAAUCACUGGUGACCUUAGGCAAGAAUUCAGAGAACUUAAAUUGUUGGAUGAGAUCACCUGUCUGAGAUAUGAAGGGAAAUGCUCUACUGGUAUCACUAGAAGUGAGCUUAUCCACUCCUUUAGAAUAUGGAAAGAUGAAAACUAUGUGACAAAAACUAUGCAUAAAAUCUAG